CUGCACUAUUCAGGAGCUCCAAUAUCUGAACUCAGAAUGAAGACCCUCCUCAUCUUCACCCUCUUCCUGAUUUCAGUAGGUGGAGGAGAAUCAGAGAGAGUGAUGGGAUAUUCAGGAGGAGGAGUCCUCGUCAAGUGUACAUACAACACAGGAUACACAUCAAACCCAAAGUACCUCUGUACGGGUCCAUGGCCCUGCAUGACAAAGCCAAUUUGGACAGACGCUAAAAAUGAGUGGAUAAACAGUGGAAGAUUCUCACUGUUUGACAACACCAGAGCUUCACAGUUCUGGGUGAUGAUCAGGGAGCUCACUGUAGAGGAUUCUGGAAUGUACAAGUGUGGAGUUUGGAAAUCUGGCAUUGAUGUCUACACACCAGUGGAACUGAAGGUAGAGGAAGAUCUGUCCUAUGAGAAGAGCAUCAGUGUGACUGGCCAUGUAGGAGGAAAUGUGAACAUCAGCUGUAAAUACCCACAAUCCCACAGCAGUGACCCCAAGUUUCUCUGUAGGAGAGUGGGCAUUGUUAACUGUAGUUAUGAAACAUCUGUUAAUGAGAGCAGAAGAUGGAGAAAUGAGGGGAAACUGUAUCUACAUGAUGAUGGAAAGCAGAUCUUCACUGUGGUCAUCAACUGUCUGACUGAGGGAGACUCUGGUGAAUACUGGUGUGGAGCUGAAUCAGACUGGACAUCUGACCAUGGAUACAAGGCCUAUAUCACACAGAUCAACCUCAGAGUUACUGAACAAGAACCUCCAUCAACAAUAGCAUCAUCUUCUUCACCAUCAAGCACAAUCCCACAAAGCACAAAAACAACCGCAUCUCCAACAUCGAUAUCCACUGGCAACUCAUCAGUGGAGGCACAUUCAUCAGAAGCAUCAACAAUUUCCUCUGUGAUCACUGUUGUGUCUGUGAUUCUGGUGGUGUUUCUGAUUGGACUCAUGUUCUUCAUUCUCGCUGUACGAAAAAGACCACAAGAUCCAGCCUCAACCUUAACCCGACCCCUCGGAGGUACCUCAAACAACUACAUGGAUCCCGUUGCUGUCUAUUCUAAUAUGGAAGAGACAGGAAAUCUUCCUGACUCAGAGGCUAGAGUUUCCACAGUCUACUCUUCUCUCAGUUCACCUACAAACCCCUCCGAUUCUUCUCAACACAUAUAUGACAAUGACCUGUAACCCGUAAGCCCCUAUGGGUUUUCAGACCCUGUUUAUUCUCACACUCAGUAACCAUCUAGCUCUUUUGAUAAGGACGUCUACUCCACAUGUCCAGGAGUGAUUUAGUGCACAGGCUGAAAUCCAGGAGCCCUGAUUCAGCUAAUUCAGCUUUUAAUGAGAUUUAUAUUUUCACACAUCCAAACACAAACACUGACGAUUAUGGUUCUAUAUGUUAUUCAUAUCUGUGGCUGCUGAUUGGCCAGUUUUAUUCUGAAUAUCAGCUCUGAUGGGGAUCGGCGGCUCUAUCAGACGCAGAAGAAGCAGCUCAGAAGAGCAGAAGUUCAUGACUUCGAUUCUGUCCAACAUGUUGGUGGAAGUGACUAGAGUAGCAAGUUGUUAUUUUUACCAUUUUUCUACUAAUAAAACUGUAAAUGUUCCUGUUCAUACCCAGAUCUUUAACUCUGGAGCUGUGUGAAUAUAUGCACUCAUUGUUAUGGGAAAUAUGGUCAAUCUGAAAUUUGAUUUACAUUAAGUUGAUAUUGGACUCUGAAAAAUGAUUUAAUGUCCACAGGUGAGAUGUAACCUCUCUACUUUGUUUGGAUUGAUAAUAAGUGUAAAACUAUGUGUCUGUGUUUUAUAUUCUGUUCAAGACAUUCAAUUGUUUCUUAAAAUGUGACUUUUUUUAUUAGAUUAUCUAUAUUUAGCCUAUUGAGAGC